AUGGCGUCCAAGCAAUUGCAGCAGCUUUAUCUACUGGUUAUUUUCUUGUUUUUGAUGACUGGAUUGCUGUGUUUUGCUUGCGGAAAAGUUCUUCGCCCGACAUCAUGUCCUUGUUCCAAUCACACGCUGUGUGAGCCGAUUCGAACCAAGGCGGAGAAGGAGGUGGUGGCCUUUUCUGGAAGUGGGGCGUACUGGAAACAUUAUUUCUGGGACAACAUUACAGCCGUGAUUGUACGGGAGGGAUUUGAUCCGCAGAUAAUGUGCCAUGCUCACUACAAAGGAGUCAGGAUCGUUAUGAUGGGGACAUUUUCUUUGGAUACCUUAUUCAACGAGAGCGCCCGCACCGCCUGGAUUGAGCAAACAGUGAACUCCGCCAUUGGUAACUUCACCGAUGGAUUUAACAUCGAUUUUGAACAACCAUUAGACAAGUCCCAGGCAGGUGUCCUCACUGAGAUGGUCAAACAAGUAAAGGAUGCGUUUUCGAAGGCCAUGCCAUACUCACAGGUGACGCUAGAUUCCCCGUACACACCGGACUGCAGAAUUUUCAAGCGGUGUUACGACUACCGUGCCAUCGCCGAGAUCGUGGAUUACAUCAUGAUCAUGGCCUAUGAUGAACUGGACUUCGAUGGCAGGGCGAUGGCCAAUGCACCAUUUAACAAGACAAUCAGAGGUGUUGAAGAUUUCAUCCAGAUCGGUGUUCCCUCGAGCAAACUUGUUCUUAUUGUACCUUGGUACGGCUAUGACUUUCCUUGUUCAACGAUAGAAGAGGGUGACGUAUGCAUGUACAAGAAUCUUUCUGUAAAGUAUCAGAAAGGUUUUGGCGACAUCAUGAAACUCCUGGACAAGUCAACAACAGGUGGAAAGUGGAGUGAUUCUUACGAAUCACCUUACUUUGAUUACAAGGACACUGAAACUGGGCAAACCCACCAAGUCUGGUACGACAACGCAACUAGUCUCGCUCUACGCGUUCAGAUGGCCAAAGAAAAGCAGUUACGCGGGGUAUCUGUGUUCCACGCGGACUGUCUGGAUUACAGCACCCAUCAAAAGGCUGUCAACGAGACUAAUGAAAUGUGGGACGCGUUUAUUGGAGAGUGGCUUGUCUGA